AUGCGGGUACCUGCUUGCCAGAACAAGCUCCCGUCCGGCGUCACGAUUGCACCAAUCAUUCUUGCGUCGGACAAAACACAACUUUCGGUAUUCAGCGGCGAUAAGCAAGCGUGGCCAGUGUACAUUACCAUAGGCAACAUCGACAAUGAAACCCGUCGACAGCCAUCCAAACGCUCUACCGUCUUGCUCGGAUACCUGCCCGUAACGAAGUUGCUUUGUUUCGAGGAGAAAGACCGGAAGGCGAUGGGCUACCGCUUGUUUCACUACGCCAUGGAUAUCUUGCUUCGUCCCCUCAUUGACGCUGGAGAAAACGGCGUCAAAAUGACUUGCGCAGAUGAGCAAGUUCGGGACGUCUACCCUAUUCUUGCCGCAUACAUAGCAGACUUCCCCGAACAAUGUCUUGUCUGUUGCUGCAAGCAGAACCGUUGCCCUAUCUGCAAGGUACAUCCUAAUCAGCGAGGCGAAUUGCUUGAUACGGUUUACUACCGUACCCCGCCAGAGACGCUCAGCGACCUGGCCAACGGUGACAAUGAGAACCUCUCAGAUGUCAAGAAACCAUUCUGGGCCGACCUACCGCACGCCAACAUCUUCCGGUGCAUAACACCUGAUCUUCUGCACCAGCUUCACAAGGGCGUGUUCAAGGAUCACCUUGUGAAGUGGACGACAGAGGGUUAUACCGUGGAGAUUGACGAACGCUUCAAGCGUGUCCCGCCUUAUCCCGGUCUUCGCAUCUUCCAACGGGGGAUAUCGAAGGUAACGCAGUGGACGGGAAACGAAUACCGUCAAAUGCAGAAGGUCUUCCUCCCUAUCUUGUGCGGAGUGCAUGACGAUCCUCGUGUGAUCACUGCGGCGCGUGCCCUUAUGGACUUCAUCUUCCUCGCUCAUUAUCCUGCCCACUCCUCUACGACCCUCGAAGCAAUGAAGCUUGCGCUGCGAAAUUUCCACGACAAUAAAGACGUCUUCAUAGAUCUAGGUGUGCGCGAGGAUUUCAACAUACCAAAGCUGCACUCGAUGAAUCACUAUGUCGCUGCAAUCAUGUCACUUGGUUCGUGCGGCGGCCUUUCCACCGAGAUAUCUGAGCGGCUACACAUUGACCUCGCGAAGAACGCGUAUCGUGCGUCGAACCGAAAACAAUAUCUCAAGCAAAUGGUUCUAUGGCUUGAACGGCAGGACAAAAUGGCUUGGUUUGGGGCGUACCUGGACUGGGCAGCUCCCGUGCAAGGCCCUCCUCCUACAUCGGGUCCAUACGACGAUGAGCUGGUCUUCACGCGCGAGGACCGUGACGCUCCCGAAGACCAGUGUUUACAUCAUCCGCCGGCGAGGGCCCCGCAGCUCUGGGAACCACUUCCCUAUCGAAUCGCCAAACGACCAGGACUAGGGUAUGCACGGCCAGAAGUGCUGCGGUCUGAGUUUGGGGCGGUUGCGUUUUCGCAGGCUCUCCAAACAUUCCUACAGUCGGAGGAUCGAGUUUUCGAGUCUCUUCCCCUUUCUUACUUGGAAAACUACGACUUCGGUUUGUAUCCUUUGUUCCGUCGGAACCUCCCUUCGCUGAACGGACCCACCGGCGGCCGUAAUCUCUUCCACGACAUCGUCAAGGCACAACCGCCGGGGAAGGCUGGAAAGGCCAAAGCAGCCUUUAGCACCGUUCUCUUUGUCUCGAAACCUGAUCAAGCAAGACGUCUUGGACAAAUACUAGGCUAUCGGAUUGGUCAAGUUCGAGCGAUCUUUGACCUUCCUCCGAUGAUCGCUCAAUCUCGCCCACCGUCUUGUACCCCCCACCUAGCUUAUAUUGAGCUCUUCACCGAGUUCACUCCAAUCCCUGAACGGUACAGCCGGUUAUAUAAGGUUGCACGAGCGUAUGAAAACCGCCAGCGUGUAGGGGUCGUCAUUCCCCUUGACCGCAUCUUCCGUAGCUGUCUUCUUGUACCUGAUUUCGGUCCGCACGCUGAUUUAACCUGGAGCUCGGAGACGGUUUUGGAUGAGGGUACUGGCUUUUAUCUUACGCCGUUCUCUGAUCACCACAUGUAUUACUUUGUUCUAUGA